CAGCUUUAGACCUAAGCCGCAUGUCCCAUGAUCCGGCGCAUUGGCUUCGAGAGCAAGCGCCAACAACAAUUGACGAGAGAUCGCCCAAACACCACUGCGGAAGGGCGCGCUUGGUCUUGGUCCCGCAAAACUGCUGCAGCUCAAGUCACACCAAUGGCGGAUGCACGAACCUUACUGCGACAGCAGAGAGCGGCACGAGAGCAGGCAAAGAAGCCUCAAAAGCAGUCGCCAGCUCCCGCAGCUGCGCCCGUCUCGAGGAAGAGGAAGGCCGUAGACGAUGGGUCAGAGGAAAAGAAGAGGACGCGCACAGAGCAGGCGGCUGGUGUUCCGGCAGGUUUCUUUGACGCUGGUGCAGAGCCAGAGGAGCCUCUCGUCGAGGAAGCGCUCGAAGCAGCACCACACCCCCCGCCAACAGAACGUCAAAAGCUCGUCCCUCCGCCACUCGAUCCGACCGCUGAGGCCGAACUCGAUGCCUUCCUGACUGAGAUGAACAAGGAGCCCGCGCCACAGCCGCAGCACACGUACGCCUCAGGCGCAGUGAUAGAAGCAGCGCCGAUGACAGCAGCUGAGCUGGCCGCACAAGCCCGAGAAGAGCAGAGCGCACAGCGCGCGAGGAGAGACGAAGACAUGGAAGCGGACAAGGAAGACGCAGCCCGCGCGCUUGAGGAUGAGUUUGAGGAAAUGGAAGGUCUGGACGAGAGGGUCAAGAAGCUGCGGGAACAGCGAGAAGCGCUGCGAAGCCAUUCUGCUCAGCUGCCAGCGCCGACGGAGACAGUACCAGUGCAGGCACAAGCGAACGAAGAGGAGAGCGAAUCUGAAGACGACGAAGACUGGGACGAUUGGCGGUUUCGUCCCGCAUGAGCUGCUUAUAGACGGCGCCAUGAUCUGUCUCUGAUAUCACACUUGUACAACGAAACUAUUAGACUAUGAUACCCAAGCUGGCUCUGGAGAGGCCACACCUUCUGAUGAGACGCUACGUGGAUCCCUUGUCACAGCAAGGCGCUCCCUGCACCAACACGAAGC